AUAGCAGUAAUAGUUAAAAACUAAGAACUUCAGUUUCUCAAUGUACAUUUGCAAAUUUUAAUCUAUAGCUUUUGUACGGUUUGUUAUAGCCUACUGUGACUAAUGUGAUUUUUUAAUGUAUAAAUAGGAAAAUUAUUAUAAGAUCAAAAACACUGCAUUAAAUUAAAAUAUGUUAACAGUUUUAGAUGGUGCAUGUUGCACACUGCAGCAGUGUGAAAUAUCACAAUAUGGGUUACACAGUCAAUUAUUCAUUUGACUUUAUUGCUAUCGUUGAAAUGAAGAUUUAUUAAGUAUGAAUAUAAAAACUCUACAAGUGUAUGAUGUUUGUGAAGGCGGGGCAUGGCUUUGAAAGCGAGGGGACAAGGGGGCGAGGUGCAGUAUGCAAACACGUCCAAGAGAGAGAUGGCAACGUCAACGCGCGUAAUGAUGAGCCCAUGGAACCGUCGGAUGUGAAAGCGCUUCUUCCUCUCGUUGGCGAUCGAACCCCAGGUUUACAUAUCUGAUCAUCUGACACUGAUCGGCGCAUCUCACUUCAAGAGACCAGGAACCGAAGCAGCAGCUAAGAAAUCAUUCAGGUGCUCUCCUUUCGGUCUACAGGAGGGACGAGAGGAGACUGACGCUUCCCCGCACCAUCCUCUUUCUCGCGCUGCCGAUUCCCCAUCACAAUGGCUCUGACCAUUUGCACCAGAUUCACCGACGAAUAUCAGCUUUUUGAGGAGCUCGGAAAGGGCGCCUUCUCUGUCGUGAGGCGAUGCGUGAAGAUAUCAUCCGGCCAAGAGUAUGCGGCCAAAAUCAUCAACACAAAGAAGCUGUCAGCCAGGGAUCACCAGAAGCUGGAGAGAGAGGCCCGGAUUUGCCGUCUCUUGAAACACCCGAAUAUUGUUCGACUCCAUGACAGCAUAUCGGAGGAGGGCUUCCAUUACCUUGUUUUUGAUCUGGUUACUGGAGGUGAGCUGUUUGAAGACAUUGUAGCAAGAGAGUACUACAGCGAGGCUGAUGCCAGUCACUGCAUUCAGCAGAUUUUGGAGAGCGUUCAUCACUGCCAUGUUAAUGGGAUCGUCCACAGGGAUCUGAAGCCUGAGAAUUUGCUGUUGGCCAGUAAGAUGAAGGGGGCAGCAGUUAAGCUUGCUGACUUUGGUUUGGCCAUAGAGGUCCAGGGUGACCAGCAGGCAUGGUUUGGUUUUGCUGGUACUCCAGGGUACCUGUCCCCAGAGGUCUUGAGGAAAGAUCCUUAUGGCAAACCGGUGGACAUGUGGGCCUGCGGUGUGAUUCUCUACAUUCUGCUGGUUGGAUAUCCACCAUUUUGGGAUGAAGACCAGCAUCGCCUCUAUCAGCAGAUUAAGGCUGGUGCAUAUGACUUUCCUUCUCCUGAGUGGGACACUAACCAAUGGUUUCCUUUUAUUUUUCAUCCAACAGCAGCCAAGAGCUUGUUGAACAAGAAGUCAGAUGGUGUGAAGGUUAACAACAAAACCAACCUAGCCAGCAGCCCCAAAGACACAGGCCCUGCCCCAGCACUGGAGCCACAAACUACCGUGAUCCACAACCCAGUGGACAGAAACAAGGAGUCUACAGAGAGUGCCAACACAACUAUCGAGGACGAGGACCUUAAAGCCAGACGCUUUGGAAACCUCAGCAUUAAUUCAAUCUGGCAACCUGCGGGCGGCCCGCAAAACUCCGAGCCCAAGCAGGCGCCCAACUCCUCGGUGCAGACUUGCCAAGUUAUCAAUAAAGCUCGAAAGCAGGACAUCAUAAAGGUGACUGAACAGCUGAUUGAAUCCAUCAACAACGGAGACUUUGAGAGUUACGCAAAGAUUUGCGAUCCUGGUCUUACUUCCUUUGAGCCAGAAGCUUUGGGAAACCUGGUGGAGGGGCAUGACUUUCACAGGUUCUACUUUGAGAAUGCACUGUCCAAAGGUAAUAAACCUGUACACACUAUCCUACUGAACCCCCACGUGCACCUGAUUGGGGAGGAUGCAGCAUGUAUCGCGUACAUCCGCCUGACCCAGUACAUGGAUGGCAGUGGGAUACCACGCACCAUGCAGUCAGAGGAGACCCGCGUCUGGCACCGUCGAGAUGGCAAAUGGCUGAACAUACACUUCCAUCGCUCUGGAGCCCCCAGCGUGCCCAUCAAUUAAUGGAAUAUUAAGCUUCAAUUUUUCCCAACUGAGGAGAAACCAUCAGCAAAAACCCAACUGUCAGUCAAGCUGGAGGUGUGUCUUCUAAGCCACACCUGCUUCCCAACAACCACGCCCCUCUCCCCUCCCCCCUCGAGGGUCGUUUACAUGUUAUCGCACAUGGACCAGAUAAUUCAAACGUUUUGCUAAAGGUCAUCACCUACACCAAAACCUGUGGGCCAUUCGCAUAUAUGGACAUUAUUCAAAGGAGUGUAUUUUUAACAUUUUAUUUUCUGUUUCUUUUUUUAAGCUGUUUUGGUAUGCAUUUUAAAUGUAUAGAUAUGUAAAGAGAAUCACCUUUCCCUAAGUCUGUACUGUAUUUUUAUGUCUAUUUAUGUGUGUGCAAUAUAUCAAAUUUUGAAAGAUAAGAGUGUUAAUAUUGAGCUUGCUUUUGUUCUGGUGAUGUACAUAUGUCGUGAUCGUUCAGAUAAAAAAAUGAUAAAAUAAAAAUCUUAAAAAAAAAAAAACUUUAAGAAACUUGAAAAAAUACGUACUUUAAAUUCUGGCUUACAGCAAAAUAACAAAUGUUAGUAAAUGCUGUCAAAAAGCUUUGUUUAUAUUUGCUAGUUUACAAUGUUUGGCUCCUUAAAGAUUCUGAUUUACUUUAUUUGAUUUAAGAGAACUGCAGAAUACUAAUAUGGACUGUAUGUUUACCUUUAUGUCAUAGAAUACGAGAAAAAAAAAACAGAUAUCAAAGAGAAUGUAGCAUAUAUGAUACAUCAAACAUUGACAAGCGUUGGGUAAUGCAUGGAGGACUAUUUUUUGAAUGACCAUGCUAUAAUUUGUUUCUUUUUGCUCUUGUUUAUGUUGUUUAAUUCAUGGUUUCCUUAUCAAAUUGUUUAUUUCUAUCAAUAUCAUAAGGAUCUGAUGUGGUAAUGAUAAUAGCGAUUAUCAUCAUUACGACCCAACAUAUCUAGAAGUAUCACCCUACUUUCAGAUCGAUGUAGCUUCAUUUUCCUAUAUUGAGUGGCUGUGAAAAUAUUAUCCUUUGACUUUAUAUCAUGGCUGUAUGAGAAAAAGAGAUAUAAGUAGCUUAUGAGAAACUACAUGUAUCAUUUUCACACAUAUUUGUGCUUUUUAUUUAUCCCGACAUUAUUUUCGCCCAUGGCAAGAAGAGCGAAAUUGAGCCGAGCCUGAUUUACAAGCAUGCACACUGCCCUAGUGGUGACUUAGUGUCUGUGCGCCACUCAAUCAGAAGUUGAUGUCAUAGAAGGUGAUGUCGGAAUGGAACGGUCUUCCUUGAGGAAAAACCUCACCACUACUGGACUAUGCCAACACCAUGCUUUCCGUUUUCCUUUUUCUCUUCUUAAAGACAUUUCCUCUGCUGAUACUUACAGAACCUCAAUGCCAAUAUGAGGAUGUGAACUACAUAAUUUGUUGCCAUGGUGGCGCUAGCAAAUCAACAUAUUUAAUGAAAAAUACAAUAAAGGUGUGAUAUGUACUGUAA